AUGUCUUCAACAGUCAAGAAAAAGCUUGUAGAAGUUGCUUGCUGUGUGCUGGGCUCCGAGUCAUCACCGUCGUGCAAGAAAAUCCCAAGCCGUUGGAAGAACGGUCAGAAAGGAACGAACCGUUUUGGGAAAUCCGCCGAGCUGGGGACGAAGACCCGGAAAAAAGCUACAAAAGCACCCGGAGAAGAAGAGGACAAUAAGUGCCAAGUUAAUCGGGCCACUGGAAGCCGCAGAGAGUCCCGAAAGAAAACCAUCAAACGGGAAGGAGGAAAAAAUAAAGGGCCAAGCAAACCCGGCCACGGAACCGGCUUACAAAAGGGAAAAGUCCCCGAGAGCCCCUUCGCGGAAGGGAGUUGGUCAACGGUGUGCGAGCGGACAACAGUACGCGUGCGGAAACGAGCGGGAACCGAAGAGCAUCAGAAAGCAGUUCGACAGUGGUCGAUGGUCAUCAAGGAAUCGCAGGACUUCCGGAGAAGCCGGAAUUCAUCACUACAAGGUAUCAGACGGAGAUUCGACAGUGGUCGAGGAGUUCGAAGGAACCGGAAACGGCUUCCGGAAGAAUCCGGAUUGCACGGAGGAGAAUUUCGCCAGAAAAGUGCUCGACAGUGGUCGAGAGAAUCAGAGGAACGGUUCGUGAUUUUCCGGAACAAUCCGGGUAGAAGCUGCACGGAAUCGAGGCCGACGGCUGCCGGUGGAGAACGAUUCGGCCUGGACGCAGCCCAGAGAAUCGUCGUCGACCGAAGAAGGCAAUCUGCCGCAACCGCAAGUAUGCUGUCAGGACUUCCAAAUUCGAAUUGUUGCUGCGUUCGCCACCCGAGCGGUUUCUGCGAUUUCUGGGUCAACGAUGACCGACCAAUUGAUCGUCAUUCUUGGGAUGAAUCGAGUCCGGAACAUCCAGUGAAAUGCACGUAA